AUGGGACAACGAACAAAUCCACUAGGCCUCCGGCUCCGGACCCUCCUAAACUGGCCAUCAAGCGUGCGCCAUCCCUUCCUCUCAGCGUAUAUCAGACACAUCUUCCAAUCCUACUUGGUCGCCGAACCAGGAAUACGGUCAUCAACAUCAGGAAUCUGGGUUAAUGUGACCUUGCUAGACCCCACGGGAAACCUGCCUGCACAUCCAAAGGCAAACCGUAUGCUGCAGUUUAAGAAUGUUGAUUUGAGUACUGUGCUGGGACGCUUUGAGAGGAAGAUUUGGGGGGUUAGGCAGUUUCAUCCAUACUACUCCAAAAUAGUGCCAGAAGCCAACGUGCACCACCUAUCACCACAGUUACCAGUAGAAGCUUCGUCAACGAUACCCCCAACACUACAAGCCCUACAGAUAUAUCGAGACACACCCAUACAUCUUCGCAUGAAUGUAAUAACGAAUCCAUUGCUGAAUGCAGAGAUAUUGGCUCAGUAUGUUGCCAAGAGUUGUCAGAGGGGAAAGCAGUUGGCUAGGGUUCAUAGGGAGUUGUUGGAAAAGUUGGGAUAG